CUAAACAAACAGCUAUGCUUCGGUCGAUGCUUUGGCGUGGCGUACAUUUUGUAAAUUUCUUCGUGGAAAACGCACGCAAAACAGCAUGGGUGAAGAGUUUGGCAAAUCCGGCCUGUACAUUGACGAUCUGUACACGCUGCGCGUGAUCGAUCCGGAGGUAGCGAACGAAACGAACGAGCUGAAGGAUGAGUGUGAACGGUUCACCGAGAAGCUGACCGAUUUUCGCCGGAUCAUCGAUCAGUUUGCCAACAUUGUCGAGGUGUUUGCGGCGGAAGUCGACCAGGAGAAGAUGCGUGCGGUGGGCGUGCAGAACAUGCUGAAAACGUUCUCCAAGCAGCGUGAAUCGGAACAGCAGCAGAUACAGAGCGAAAUAAUCGAGAAAAUGGUCGAGCUGGACAAGCUGAAGAUCGAGUACCAGUAUCUGCAGCGGAUCGAGUCGGAGCAGCAGGAAAUGAUCGACAAUUUCUACCAGAACCAAUGAAAAACGUGAUUUGCAGUGUUUAAAUUUAAUUGAAUGUUUUUUUUAAAUUAUUUAUUAUUAUUUUUAC